UGAACGCAAUGCAGCGCAGCAGCAGCAGCAGCAACAGCAGAUUGGUGCCGCCCGCACGGACAGCGCCGCGGAUUGGCGCUCUAUUUGAAGCAUAUAUUCCAAAGCUCAAGCCAGAGCUGGAUUCGAUGACGUUGCACCUGUCAAAAGCGCCUGCCCUUCUUUGGAAGCCACCGCCAGACACGUCGGAAGACACGCUUGAAUCAGUGGAAGCAGCCCUGGAGCAGAUUGUGCGGGAAACCAAGUUACACAUAGCCCAUGCAUUGGCAGUGCUAAUGUACAAUGAUUACGACGAGGCAAAGGCUCUUCGGGAAGCGAGCACUUUGGUCAUGCUGCAUGGACAGCAAGGGAACAACGUAAAUUCGAGAGCGCAGUACUACAAUUCCGGCUCAAUUUCAAAGCUUACCAAGAACUGCUUCCAAAACGAACAAUUCAUGAGAUUAUCGCCCACUAUUACGCCUGGAGAGCUGCCGAACGACCGCCAAAACUCUUGAAGCAGCUGCGGAAAACGCCAGAAGAGCAUCGGCGAAA